GGACACUUGAGGACUGCAGCACAGCUGGCGGAAUGGCUGACCACUGGGGAUACGAUAAGCAUAACGGCCCAGACAAAUGGGGUGAGAGUUACCCGAUAGCGAACGGCUCUCGCCAGUCUCCAAUAGACAUUAAGAGCUCAACAACAACCUAUGAUGAAAAGCUGACUCCUCUGAAACUGAAGUAUGACCCGUCCACAUCUCUGGACAUCCAGAACAAUGGACACUCUUUCCAAGUGUCCUUCGUUGAUGAUCAAAACAGCUCAACUCUGACUGGAGGCCCGGUCACAGGCACAUUCAGACUCAAACAGUUUCACUUCCACUGGGGAUCUGCAGACGACAAGGGCUCCGAACACACGGUCAAUGGCAAAUGUUACCCAGCUGAGCUCCAUCUGGUCCACUGGAACACUAAAUAUCCCAGUUUUAAGGACGCAGUUGAUAAGCCUGAUGGUCUUGCUGUGGUUGGGGUUUUUCUGAAGAUUGGUGCAGACAACCCUAAACUCCAGAAAAUUCUGGAUGCUAUGGAUGCUAUCAAGUCCAAGGGAAAGCAAACCCCCUUCCCAAACUUUGACCCAAGUGUGUUGCUGCCCAGUUCUCUGGACUACUGGACAUACCUGGGCUCUCUGACCACACCACCACUGCUGGAGAGCGUCACCUGGAUCGUCUGCAAACAGUCCAUCAGCGUCAGCUCUGCACAGAUGAAAAGAUUUCGCUCUCUGCUUUUCUCCGGUGAUGGAGAAAAGGCCUGCUGUAUGGUGAACAACUAUCGUCCUCCUCAGCCACUGAAGGGUCGUGUGGUGCGUGCAUCUUUUAAAUGAAGGGCCUCUCGGAGCUCGCCGUCCCCUCCCUGUCUUCUGUAGUGGGAUAUGCAGAUGCGGGGCCCUCAGAGCUCCUUCACCCUCCACACAGCGACUCUGGGCUCCUGCCAGAUGUCCAGAACACCAGAUGUGCUGUCUGGAGAGUCAAGAGGCUCUGCAGGGAAAUAUGCACACAAAAAAAAUGGUACUUUCAUACUUAAUAUUGAAGCCUUGUUUUCCAGUGUAAUUUAUGCAAGCUCCUUUAUUGUACAAACAAUGUAAAUUGGGACUUUUAACCUCAUAUUCUGAUGUUUUUUCGGCAUAAUUCAGAAAAAGAAAAAAAAUUAAGAAUUGUGAGAUAUUUUAAUAGUAAAAUUAAGAUAAAUAGAAUAGCAUUGUGGGCAGUGCAUUUUCCUGAUCCCGCCCCCUUUCUCUCUCCAACCUCUCAACUUACUGUCAAGCUAGUAUCCUAUCAUAAUAACGAGUAUAUUUAAAAUAUAAUUAAAAUGUAGUAAAAAUAACAUUUUAAAAAGUUAGAAUCGUUAAAUAAACACCCAAAUUGGUAACAAGUAAGAAUUGCAACAAACUUGCAAAAUAUGAGUAUAUAUCUUGAAAUUGCAAGUUUUGACAGAAAUUCAGAAUUAUGAUUAACAUCUGAACGUACAUUCUAUAGAAGGCAUGCAUUUUUUAAAGACUAUUUUAAUCUAUUCUAAUAUCAUUGGCAUCUUAAGUAAAAGGAUAAAACUCUUAUGUUUUUUGCAUCAUUUUUAUUUUAUGUUAAAAAAACAACAUCACUGGGCUCAGAAAUAUCAUUUUUAACUCGUUGGAGUAGGAAAAAACACUCUAUUGGUCAUUUUCAGUUGUACUAUCCAUAUUCUGUUUUACUUUUUGAGGAAAAAACACUUUUGAUACAUAUUUCCAAAAUCUUUGACAUUUGUAGACAGAGCAAGUAACACGCUGCAUUAAUCAAAGCAAUUGAUUAAGUGGCUUAUUCGUCUGAAUUCGUAUGAUCUUAUUCAUACAAUUUAGUACGAUUUGCUCAUCCCCCAAUGAUGGUUGGGUUUAGUGGCAAAAACCGUACAUACGACUGAACGAAUUAGCCACUAAACUGACAGAAUGUAAAAUAGUUUUGUUUCCUUGUGAGAUCAGGCUGCAGAAACAUAAACGUCAAUUUUUUGGAUAUUUAAAUUUUAACAAUUUGAAAGCUGAAAUAAAUAUAUUUUUAUUAUUAGGACAGGAUAUUUUUGGGCUGAAAAAUCUGGAACAAGAGUUGAAAAUCUUAUAUAUAUUUGUUGGAAUUAUUGGAAAAUCAUAAUAAUUUGAAGAAAUAUCAGAGAAAUCUUUAAAAGCUGUCUAAAUGAAGUGCUUAGCAGUGCACAUUACUAAUCAAAAACUAAGUUAUGAUAUAUUUAUAGUGGAAAAUUUACAAACAUCUCCACAAAAUGUGAUAUUUACUUAAUAUUCUAAUAAUUUCUGACAGCAAAAUCACCUAUUUGGACCUAUACAAUGUAUCUAUUGCCAAAAAUACAGCCAGGCUGGUUUUAUUACUGGUAUUACUGUUGUUAUAAAGUGCUAAGUAAUGCACAUUACUAAUCAAAAAUUAGGUUAUGAUAUAUUUAUGAUGGUAAAUGUACAAAACAUCUCCAUGGAACAUUAUCUUUAUUUAAUAUUCUAAUGAUUUCUGACAGCAAAAUCAAUAAUUUGGAGCUAUACAACAUAUCUAUAGCCAUAAAUACACCCAGAGUGGUUUUAUUACUGGUCUUAUAACAUGCAUAAAGUGCUUAGUAAUGCACAUUACUAAUCAAAAAUUAGGUUAUGAUAUAUUUACGAUGAGAAAUUUACAAAACAUCUCCAUGGAACAUGAUCUUUACUUAAUAUUCUAAUGAUUUCUGACAGCAAAAUCAAUAAUUUGGAGCCAUACAACAUAUCUAUAGGCAAAAAUACACCCAGACUGGUUUUAUUACUGGUAUUACUGGUGUAAGAAAGUGCAUAAAGUCUUUAGUAAUGCACAUUACUAAUCAAAGACUAAGUUAUGAUACAUUUAUAGUGGGACAUUUACGAAACAUCUCCAUGGAACGUGAUCGUUACCUAAUAUUCUAAUGAGUUUUGACAAAGCAAAGUCGCUUAUUUUGACCCAUACAACGUAUCUAUAGGCAAAAAUAUACCCAGACUGGUUUUAUUACUGGUAUUACUGUUGUUAAAAAGUGCUAAGUAGUGCACAUUACUAAAUAAAAAUUAGGUUAUGAUAUAUUUAUGAUGGGAAAUUUACAAAACAUCUCCAUGAAACGUGAUCUUUACUUAAUAUUCUAAUGAUUUCUGACAGCAAAAUUCACCUAUUUGGAGCCAUACAACAUAUCUAUUGCCAAAACAAAUACCCAGACUGGUUUUAUUACUAGUAUUUCUGGUGUUAUUUACAUACGCAAUAGCAUUGUGUCAUUAUAUUACUUCUUUUAUAAAUUUCGAAUACUCUGAAUGUCUAUAUUGGAAAACAAGGCAUAAAUACUGAGUAGGAAAACCCUUUUUUUCAGUGCUGUCCCUCUACAUGUCUGCUUCAUUCUCUCUUUUUUAUUAUUAUUAUUAGUGCAAAUGCUUGAAUAAUCUGGAUUUAGACUGUCCGUGUGCCAAUUAUUUUACCGAGCUCUGAUUUACAUGUGAAGCACUGACAAACAAAGCAGGAGAACUAAUGCAUACAUAAGGAAUUUAAUAUAUAAAUGGGGGUAUUUAAGUAUAUUUAUAUUGCUCUAGAGACCAAGCUUGCAUCUCGGCUUAAAUGGCAGGGGUACAGCCGGAUACCCGAACAGAUGCCAUCUGUGCCGACCGCUGCUGUACUUCCCUGCCGGGCUUUUAAUCUCUGGCUGUCUCAGCAGUGCCAGAGCUUAAUGAAUCCCAAUGCACAUUACUAUGAGGAUGCAGACUACAGAAAAUCCCCAUCGCAAGCGGGAAACCACGCACAAAAAUCUAGAACAUACCAUACAAUCAGAGCAGCUUUGAUUUUUUUGGAGUGUUUGUGCCUCAGAUCGUGCAUUUAUUUGUGUGUGUGUCUAUAUAAGAUGUCAUUUAUAUUAUAGCAACUGCUAUGCACAAGGUUUUAGCUUAAAAAGAAGUACUAGCAAUAAUUGCAUGAAACCCGAUAUGAUUCCUUAAUGUGCCGUUCUGUAGUUUUGCUAAAUGCUUCAGUAGUUUGUAUUGCAAAGCGAUGCACAAGCAAAACAGAGUCUUAAUAGAAAACAAUAUGCCAUUGUGGAUGAAUCUCGCAUGGUUUCGGAUGUUCUCAAGCACUGGGACCAGAGGGUCGUGUCUUACGUUAUGCAUUUAUAAUGAGAACGGGUUUGAAAAUAUAUUGUGUAACGUGUUACUGAAUGUACUUUACUUGAACUCGAGGGCUACGCGAAGCAAUAUUGUUCAGCCAUAUACACUGUUCUGCUGUUUUCAAAGAGGAUAUUUUAAAGUAAAGAUAUUUUAUGCUUAA